GUAGAUCCGGAUGGCCAAGCAGACUUUAUCAGAGGAUUCACGGCUGAUCCUGGCGGGCGCUUCGCAGCGACAGCACGUGAGUUCCAAUCGCUGAUGGCGGGGGACGAGGGCCAGGACAAUGCCAACUUCGUGCAGCUCGCAGGCUUCCGCUGUAUCCAAUGGCUUCCAGCACAGGAUAUUCUCCUGGCAUGCGGUGCUGAGGAGAGCACGGAUGCCUUGCACAGCCUCUUGGAGGAGAAGUCCAGCCCAUAUCUCUCAGCAUCGGCGAUGCUGCAUGGCGCGGCUUUCCGGCCCCUCUACAUCUCCUUUCUGCCAGGCGACGUGUGCACCAUGCCUUCAGCGCCGACGACGCCGAUGAGUUUGGGCCCCACUCCGAGGAGCUCAGCUAGCAAUGCCGGGCCCUUCUGCUGCGAAGUGCCAUCUGAGAGCCAGUUGGACUACCUGGAUCGGGCACUGCAGAACCUCCCAGGGAGGCAUGUGCAUACCAUGGCCGUCGGCUUCCCGGUCCUUCAUGGCUACGAAGGCCCUGGCUUGCCCGAAGUGCUGCUCUCCUCUUUCAUCGCCGUGCUCGAGGGUGGCAUGGAUGAGUCGGGAAGGCUGGAGCACCUGGAGAAUGGCCAGAGCUUCGUAGAAUCGCUCCUGGCCGUGCUGACCGGGCGCCUGGUGCCAUGCCGUCGGGGGCAGCUCACAGAGCUGGACAUGGCCCUGGGCGGAGAGCUUGAGCCCGGCUGCUCGCUCACGGAACUUGUCGCUGCUGAUGCUGAAGGAUCCGGCAAUCUCAUCAACAAGAUUUGCAGUCAUAUUCAGACGAAGCCCUUCUCGUGCAACGAGGCCCGUGCUUGGUGGGCCCGCCACUGCCGGCGUGCCAUGGAGUGCCACCCGCUUCUGCAGGGCCGGGCCUAUCGCAGGACGCUGCUGCAGAACUGUGUGUCCACGGAUUCCUUGAGCAUCGCUUCCUUCCCACUGGUGGCCGGGGACCUCAUCAACAACGAGUGCGCCAACGCUUUGGCGGAUGUGGGAGGGCUCCGGGUCCGAGUUGUGUCGGAGGCCCCCACUGAGAUGAAACCAGGAGAUGGGGAGAACACCGAGGUUGAUACCCUGGACUGGUGCGAUCAGAACAAUCAGCAGCGGCUGCGGGAUCUCCGCAAGCUCAUGCGAUGCCUCUUCCAAGCCUUCGAGUUGGAUGAGACGAUCAAAACCAAGGACUGCCUCAGUUUGACAAGUCACAAGCGUGGCAGGUAUGGCCGAUGGGUGUGCCUCAACCUCACCAAUGUCAUGGUGCACUCCGAUAUCUUCGCCAUUACCUUUGCUGUCCUCACCAUGUACACACUCUUUGCUCCAGACAUACUGUUGGUAUUCGGGCUCAGCACGGAGCAUACGCAGUCGCUGGCGAUAGCAAACACAGUCGUCUUGUUCUUCUUUUGCGUGGAG